CGCAGACUGAACAUGGCAGCUACAGUUUCCCUGAUUCCUAAUCUUAAACUUCUUAACCAUCGUAACUAUAAAUAUUGGAGUUUCCGGGUGAAAGUGUACCUGUUAGCUGAAGAUGUUUGGGACGUUGUGGAAAAAACCACUGAACCACCUAAACCAGAAGAUGAUGAGGUUGCGUUUAGGUCUUGGAGGAAGAAUAAUGCCAAGGCUCUACUUGCAAUUCAGACGUGUUGCGGGGAUGAUACUUACCCUAUAAUCGAGGGCAUUUCCAAAGCCAAAGCUGCCUGGGAUGCUUUGGCUGAAGAGCUAAAGCCUUCUCAUUCUGAAGAAGAUAUACACAUACAACAACCUCAACCUGCUCCUAUCAACUCUGAUGUUUGUGUAAAUUUUGAAGAACUAGAAGAUAACAAAAGAAAUCAAAGGGAUCGCAUUUCCUCAGUUACGGGUUUCUUCCAAGGAGUUGUUAAGAAUCUUCUCAAAUUGUUAGGAAUCCAUGACUUGCAUGAAAUGAGAUUGCGCCAUGACCGAAUUCUUCAAAUUCUACGGCUCAUGUGUGACGUGGUAAAAAGUAGAAAUCUUGACUCGAAGCAAACUGCCUUCUUGCAAAAGGCAAUCUUCCGAGCUGUAAAACAAGGACAAGUGGAGUUUAUUAAGGAGAUGUGUAAGGCAAAUCCAAGCAUCCCACUAAUUACGAUGGAUGGAAAAGAUAGAUCAAUAUUUCAUUACGCCGUCAAAUGUCGUCAAGAAAAAGUUUUUAGUCUUAUAUAUGGGCUCAGUGAAUAUGAUAGGACUAUUAUCUUAGCGAGUGCAGAUGAGUCUAACAAUAGUAUCCUACAUGCAGCAGGGAGUUUAUAUGCAAAUCUUAAUCAUAUUCAAGGUGCAGCUUUGCAAAUGCAAAGAGAACUACAAUGGUUCAAGGCGGUGGAGAGUAUUGUACCCCCCCAAGCCAUAGAAACUAUAAAUUAUACCGAGAAAAUAACAGCACGAGAACUAUUCACCAAGAACCACAAGGAAUUAGUGAAGGAAGGAGAAGAGUCAAUGAAAGGGACAGCAACUUCUUGCACAGUCGUAGGUGCCCUCAUUGUUACCAUUAUGUUUGCUGCUUCAUUUACAGUUCCUGGUGGAAGCAAUCAAGAUACAGGUUUUCCCAUCUUAUCAAGAAAGAAGUUAUUUAAGGUUUUUAUAAUUUCAGAUUCUAUAUCACUCUUUUCUUCGACGACAUCAGUGAUGAUAUUCUUGGGAAUUCUCACAUCACGUUAUGCAGAAGACGAUUUCCUCAGGUCUUUGCCCACAAAAAUGCUAUUAGGCCUUUUCACCCUUUUUUUAUCUAUUGCCACCAUGAUGAUUGCUUUUUCUUCAACUCUUUUUAUUAUGCUUGAGGGAGAAUCAUGGGUAUCUAUUCCAAUCAUUUUGCUUGCCAGCGUUCCAAUCGCCUCGUUUGUGUGGAUGCAAUUCCCCCUCUUUCUUGACAUUUUCAUGUUUACCUAUGGAAGAGGAAUAUUUGACAAGAAAUGCAGAGCCUGGGAAUAAAAUCCUGAUUAUGCGGUGUGAUGUUUGUCUUCUGAUGUCAUAUGAUGUUUGUCUUUGGCUUUGUCACUUUUAAGAAGUUUUUAUGAAACAU